GUCAUUGCUUGCUGGGAUCUGUCGCAAUUGACGCGAAGCAAGCAGACCAGCGGAGAAGGCCCGACGUAAAAGAUCCAGCUGACGCCCCUCUGAUACACAUUGACGGCCACAAGGAUGGCGACAAACGCGAAAGCACCACCACCUCCACCACCUCCGCCAGCCACCAACGGCGUCAUCACCGCUCCACCGAAAGGUGCUGUAGGCGUUAAUCGCAAGAAGCAGAAGCGGCGAGCCAAACAAGCGGCGAAAGCUGCGUCACAUGUCCCUCUGAACGAUGCCGGCCAGCCUGUAGAUGUGGACUACGAUGAGGACCCGCUCGGAUACGGCGAAGAUGAUUACGAAUACUCCGACGCGGAGGCCGAGCAGUAUCACGAUCAAUACAUACCUCCACACGCCGGAGCCAACGGGAUGGACCUUCCCCAUUCGCUCCACGACAGGAAGAAGAACAAGAAGAAGAAAGGGAGCGUAGGGCAUCAUGGUAGUUACGAUCCAAGCUUGCUGCCACCUUUACCGAACCCUCCAGCGGGCGCAUCCGCAAUGAUGCGUGCGGCUGGUCACAAGGACGUUCACAGCCACGGCAACAUAUGGAACACGAGUACGGCGCAGGAGCGGCAGAACAUCAAAGACUUCUGGCUGAGUCUUAGCGAGGAUGAGCGCAAGUCCUUGUUAAAGAUCGAAAAGGAGGCCGUCUUACGAAAGAUGAAGCAGCAGCAGAAGCAUUCAUGCUCAUGCACUGUCUGCGGGAGGAAACGCACGGCAAUCGAAGAAGAACUGGAGGUGCUUUACGAGGGCUAUUACGAGGAGCUCGAGCAAUACGCACACCACGAUCAGCCGCCCCUGCCAUCCAGCGACGGGUUGAUGCCUGGUCCAUUACAGCAUCGCAAACCGCACCCUCUUGCGGCGCCGCCGCCACCCCAACCCCAGCAUAGAACGAGUCAGAUACACGAGCACAUUGACGAUCCGGAGGAUGAGGAGGAAGAAGAGUAUGAUUCGCAAGAUGAGUACGACUCGCAGGAGGACGAUGACUACGAGGAUGAGGUUAAUUUGCCUCGUUUGGGCGGCGUGCCUGACUUCUUCAAUUUCGGCCAGAAUCUGACCGUCAAAGACAAUCUACUGACCGUCGCCGACGAUCUGCUGAAGAAUGAUGGCCGCAAAUUCAUCGAGAUGAUGGAGCAACUGGCCGAGCGGCGCAUGCAGCGGGAGAGCGAGGCAGAGUAUGCGGCGGCCAAUCCGACCCAUCCUGGUGGGUAUCCGCCCGAGCCGACGUACAACCACGAGGAUCCAUUGGCUGCAGGUGGCGACGAAUACACCGACGAAGAAGAUUAUGACAGUCAGGACGACUACGACGAGGACAUGGACGAGGAGUCCGAGAACGGUCUUUCCGAGGAGCAGCGAAUGCAGGAGGGCAGGCGGAUGUUCCAAAUCUUCGCGGCGAGGAUGUUUGAGCAGCGAGUUCUAAAUGCAUAUCGAGAGAAAGUGGCAGCAGAGCGCCAGGCGCGGCUCCUGGAAGAGCUGCAGGACGAAGACAAGCUUGCAGCGCAACGGCAAGCGAAGAAGGAGCGGGAUGCGGCGAAGAAGAAGGAAAAGAAGAAGCAGCAGCAGCAAGCUAAGGCGGAGGAGAAGGCUCGCAAAGACGCCGAGAAGGCUGCGGAGGAGGCGAGGUUACGAGAAGCCGAAGAGAAGAAGCAAGAGGAGCAGAGGAGGCGAAAGGAGGAGCAGCGCAAGAAGAAGGAGGAAGAGAAGCGGAAGCAGGACGAAGAGCGAACCCGUAAAGAAGCCGAAAAGGCCCGUCGGCAACUGGAGGAGCAGCAACGUCGUGAAGAAGCUGAGCGUAAGGCGCGAGAGCAGAAAGCGGCGGAGAAGUCUCGCAAGGACGAAGCGCGAAAGCGAGAGCGUGAAGAGCGUGAGGCCCGUGAGAAAGAAGCGCGGGAUCAGAAGGCUCAGGAGGAGAAAGAGAAGAAGGAGCGCGAGGCGAAGGCGAAGGCGGAGAAGGAGGCUAAAGACCGGGAGAAGAGCGCUCAGCAGGCUGCCCAGCCGCCCCAAGCCCAGCAGCCACCACAAAUCCAGAAGCGACCUUCGCAGAUCGGCAUGGUGGCGGUGCCUGGAGUCUACCCAAAGCAGACGCCUUCUGGUGUUUCUUCACCCCAUCCAUCGAUUGCAACGCCUGCCAUACCGAAGGCGCCAACUCCGGCUAAGCAGAGGCAAGCCUCUCAGCAAGGCUCGCACGCUUCGUCGCCAAAGCAAUCGCAGUCACAAGUGUCGAGUGCUCCCAGCAAAUCCUCGUCACCAAAUAGCGUCCAAGCUCAGCAUCAGCCGGCAACCCACCCCAAGUCGAUCAUGCAAAAGCCGAGCAAUCAGCAUAUGGGUCCACAACAUCCAAUGCAGGCCACAUCGCCUAUGCCUCACCCAGCAAUCCAGCCACCUCCAGGAAUGCACCAUCAGCAGCAACACCCAGGUGGCUUCGGAACGAUGUCACCAAUGGGUUUCCCGGGCUUUUCAGGGCCGCAAGGCCCAAUAAUGCACGGCAACGUGGGCCACCGUGGCCCCAUGCCGAUGUAUCCACAGCAGCAACACCACGCCCCCCCCAUGGGCGUACCGAAUCGGAUGCCUUUCAGCCCUGGUAUCAACGGCAUGCCACCGCCACCACCGGGCAUGAUGCCGCCUCAAGGGAGAGGUAUGGGCUUCCCUUUCGAUGCGCCUUUAGGAAAUCAACCUCCGCCCGGCUUUGGGCAGCAGCAUGCGCAGCCCGCUCACACGUCAGCGAUUGGCCAACCACCUAUGCAUCAUUCCGGGCCGGAUGCGCCUAGGAUGGGUAUGCCGGCCCACUCGCGGCAGCCUUCUGUGAAUGAGAAGGAGCGCUUCGAAUCUGCCGCUAACCAGCCAAUUGCGCGACCGGCGCCUAUCCAGCGACCUAGUAGUGUCAAGCCCGGUAGUCAAGAGCGCAAGGGCUCAAACACAGACAUUGACGACCUGUCGAAGCACCUCGGUAGCUCAGCGCUCCUUGCAGAUGACGACGAGCCUCUACCAAACGCCACAGACAGCCGUCGGCACUCUGGAAUGCAAGGUGUACGAAAUGGUCCUCUUAGCGGCCUCAGCGCACUUGGAGGUCUCGGCUCACCACCCGUCAGCUUCGGCGCACCCGGCAGCAACUGGCACACACCCAGUCUCCCCUUCGGUCAAAGCUCCUCCCUCAGCCAGCAGUCCUGGGGCAACCUCCCAACCCAAAGCGCCUGGCCUUCAUCCCAGAACGCCUCCGCCUUCGCGGCAAACGGUGCCUUCAGCGCACUCGGUCCCAUAGGCGGCGCCACAUCCCUCGGACACCGCCCCACCGGCACCAGUCUCAACCGUCCCCUCACCAUCCGCCUGGCCAUCUGUCAGGCCUGCAAACAACUUAGCAACGCCACCCGCGGCGAAGGCGACGGAUACCACCCCAUCAACAUCUUACUCCGCCAAAUCGAGCAUAACCGACCCUUACUCGACGCCCCGCCCACGCUGCGCGAGAUCGAAGAGAUCUGCGAAACGGAGGGAGAUAGUCAGAACGGCGGCGGCGAGCUCUCGAUGCGGAGGACGGGCGAGGCGGGUGGUGACGGCUUGGCGGUCAAAUUCGAGCCAGACGCUCGGACGCCGGACCAAGGACGUGGAGUCGCUGGGUUGGGCGAAAUUGGAAGUCCUAUGCCAAGUAAGACUAGUCCUGCUUUUGGGGCUCCGGGCAUGGGCAGGGCGCCAGGCGGUCCCGGUGCGUUUCAGAGUUUGGGCGCUGUCGGCUCGUCGAACUUUUAGGGCUGUGCGGUCGUGUUUGUACGCUAUUGAUCGGAUGGUGGCUGCUGGCUUGAUGGCCUGAUGGCCGAAGAGAGAGCAGGCAUUGGAGACGUACGUAG